CGUUCAAACUAGGUUAUAAACCACGUCUAUCUGCAGUGUGACACUUUUCAUGAGCAGUGAUCAUGAUGCGUUGUCUGUUUGUGUCGUGGUUAUUUGUUUUUGCUGCCUGUGCCACCAGCAUCCCUGAAGAUGACAAGAGACCGAGUAGUAUUGUAGACAGUUUGUUCAACAACAUGCUACGACUGGAACGCACUGUGGCAAUCAUGUCAACAGAACUGAAGAACAUGGCAUCAAUGCAAGAAUCAAUGAAAUCUGCUCUUCAGGACAAAGACGCAUUGCUGGCCAAUAUUACACGAUCACUUGCGGCUCAAGCAACUGACGUAGCAUACAGCGUGUCCCUACAGACAGACAUCGACCAGAUUGUAAAAAAGCCUCUUACAUUUGACACCGUGCUGUACAACAAAGGUGAUGCUUACAGCAAGGCUACUGGUAUAUUCACAGCCCCCGUGUCUGGCACAUAUGUCUUCUGGGCAAACGUGAUGGUAAAAUCUAGCGCCUUUAUGGCUAUCCGCAUCUUUAAAGGAGACACGAUGUUUGGUCAGGGUUAUAUCGAGGGAAAGAUGCAUGGCGUGGCAUCCACCACAACUACUACCCAUCUGAACCAAGGAGAUCAGGUCUGGAUGCAUGCUCACAUCGGUUCAAACACCAUUCCUCUGAGGGGAAUCGCACUUUCAGGUUAUGGAGGAACGCUCAUACAUGCUGAUUAAUGGAGCUGGGAUUUCAGUGUCAGCGCGUUGUACACUGUUACCUGUACAUGAAUACAUAUGUUUUAUUCAA